CUCUCCUCUCAUCUAACCAUCUCUUGCUGAAUCAAAACCUAAUCUUGCCAACCUCAUGAACCACCCUCUCUCUCUCUCCUCUUUCUCCUUCUAUAAAAACAACUUUUCUUUUUCUCACUCUCACAAAUAACCUUUACCAUUUCAAAGUUUCAAACCAUUUUUUUAUCUAUCAUUAGUAAACAAUGGAAGCCUUCUUCAACAACAGCAUUGCCAAGCCAAGAUACUAUCUCUUCCUCCUAGGCCUUGUGCUUCUUCUCUUUGGCAAUGCAGUGCCCUUGUUAGCUGAGCCAAGAACUCACCUUCAUGAUUUUGUUGUUCAAGAAACCCCAGUGAAGAGGCUGUGCAAAACCCACAAGACCAUCACGGUGAAUGGGCAAUACCCUGGUCCAACACUGGAAGUUAACAAUGGUGACACUCUAGUCAUCAAGGUCGUCAACAGAGCUCGAUACAAUCUCACCAUUCACUGGCAUGGUGUUCGGCAAAUGAGAACAGCAUGGUCUGACGGCCCAGAAUUUGUGACUCAGUGCCCAAUUAGACCUGGAAAGAGCUUCACUUAUCGGUUCACAAUUCAAGGCCAGGAAGGGACACUGUGGUGGCAUGCCCAUAGCUCGUGGCUAAGAGCCACAGUCUAUGGUGCUCUGAUUAUUCACCCAAAAGAAGGUUGUUCCUACCCAUUCCCCAAGCCCAAGCGCGAAACAGCCCUUCUCUUAGGUGAAUGGUGGGAUGCAAAUCCCAUUGACGUUGUGAGGACGGCCACAAGAACCGGGGCAGCUCCAAAUGUGUCUACUGCAUACACCAUCAAUGGUCAACCUGGUGACUUUUACAAAUGUUCUACUAAAGGCACAGUAAUAGUUCCGGUAGACUCCGGCGAAACCAACCUCAUUCGAGUCAUCAACUCCGCCCUAAACCAACAACUCUUCUUCACCAUUGCCAACCACAAGCUGACCGUGGUCGGCGCCGAUGCUGCCUACCUCAAACCCUUCACCACCUCAGUCAUCAUGCUCGGUCCGGGCCAAACCACCGACGUCCUAAUCACCACCAACCAACCACCCUCCCGCUACUACAUUACCGCCCGUGCCUACGCCAGCGCCCAAAACGCACCCUUCGACAACACCACCACCACCGCCAUUCUUGAAUACAAAGCCGCCUCAUGUUCCUCCAAUUGCACCCAAAUCAAGCCCAUCAACGCCUCCUUGCCCGCCUUCAAUGACACCCGCACCGCCACCGCCUUCACCACCAGCCUCAGAUACCCCAUGAAAGCCCCCGUCCCUGCCGACAUCGAUGAAAGCCUGUUUUUGACAGUCGGGCUCGGGCUCAUGAAAUGCCCGAAGGGUUCCCGGGCUAGGAACUGUCAGGGCCCGAAUGGAACCCGGUUCGCCGCCAGCAUGAACAACGUGUCUUUUGUGCUUCCUUCCAACUUUUCGUUGUUGCAGGCGCAUCAGCAGGGGAUUCCGGGGGUUUUUACGGCCGAUUUUCCGGCGGCGCCGCCAGUGAAAUUUGAUUAUACGGGGAAUGUGAGUCGGGGUUUGUGGCAACCUGUGAAGGCGACGAAGGUUUAUAAGUUGAAAUAUGGGGCGAGAGUUCAGGUGGUUUUUCAGGGGACGAGUAUUUUUACUACUGAGAAUCAUCCGAUUCAUCUUCAUGGGUAUGAUUUCUUUAUUGUUGCGGAAGGGUUUGGGAAUUUUAAUCCCAAAAAGGAUACUGCCAAAUUUAACCUUGUUGAUCCGCCGAUGAGGAAUACCGUUAGUGUUCCUGUUGGUGGAUGGGCUGUCGUUCGAUUUGUUGCUGAUAAUCCAGGGGUUUGGUUACUGCACUGUCACUUGGAUGUGCACAUAACUUGGGGUUUGGCCAUGGCUUUCCUGGUGGAGAAUGGAGUUGGGGAAUUGCAAUCACUAGAGGCUCCUCCAGCAGAUCUUCCUGUAUGUUAGUAGCAUCAGUAAAUAGAGACAGAAACUACUACAACCCAAGAUUGGAUUAUUUUAGUAUGCACUGUGACAUCAAUCACUGAGGUUUUCUGCUAUUAGUAUAUGAAAUUGUGUGUUCUUUUUUUUCCCCACAUUGGGGACUAGUUUCUUGUUCUUUUUUUGACAGAUAAAACCGGGUCAACAAAGAUAGUGCCAUGGUUCAACUCCCAGCACCAUCUGUGUUAGAAUCCGACCCGACAUGAUUUCUUGGUUGGUUAUUAUUGUUGUUAUUGUUUCAGAGCCCAGUGAGAUAGGCGAACUUUUGGUUCUGAAAUAAUUUAAACAAGUUCUAUCAGUUUUGUUGUAUCAGCAUACUAUGUGGGUGUUAGAAUUUUCUCCUAAUGAUAUGGGCCAAUUUGCCAAUUGAUUUUGA